AUGGAGAUACGGGGAAGGAACCCCGGCUCGGGAAAUGAGAUACCCAACCCGUUUAGUGGACCUAAGAGGCAGACACUAAAUGUAUCCUUUCCUAGUAUGGGGAUAAAACGGGGAAAGGAGAGGGAGGUAAACACCGGUGACAGAAAAACUUCUGGGAGGGUGGAGGAGCUCAAAGAGGUGGGACUUCCGGCCAGGUGGGCCGUCUUCCUGGGUCCUGGAAAAAGGUUUCCGGUAAAGAAAGUCAGGCCGCUUCCAGUAUUGGACGCUCAAGAUGAAGGACUUCCGGUCCUAAAAGGCUGGUUAAAAGAAAAGUUAGAGGUGGAGGGAGUGCCUGUGGAGGUGAAGGAAGCACUGAAGUCCCAGAAGACGAUCUAG